AUGUUUGGUAUAACUUUAACGAAAUGUAAAAUAUAUUUUAAUAAUAUUUAUUCAACUGUAUCAUUAGAAGAAAAAUUAGGAGGAGGAACAUACGGGGAUGUUUAUAAAGGAAAAGUCAUAAAAUAUAGCAAUAAUAACGACUUAUAUCAGAAUACUAAUUAUUUACCGUAUGAUUAUUACACUGAUGAGUUUGUAUUUUUUCAAAAAAAUGUUUAUGCAAUAAAAUUUUUUCGUGAUGAUUUAAGAACAAUAAAUGAAGAAGGAAUAAGUUGUACUACAUUAAGAGAAUUAAGUUGUUUAAAAAAUAUUGGGAGACAUCCCAAUAUUUUACGACUAAUAGAUGUAACAAUUGAUAGACAAAAAUGCAUAAGUGAAUAUAUAAAUAGACAAAUAUUACAACAUUAUACUUCUAAUUAUCAUCAUCAAGGAAAGUUGGAUAUGACUCCUUUAUCGGCUGAUCAAAAGUUUAUUUUUGCUGCUUAUGAAUACUGUGAUGGAGGAGAUUUAAAAAAAUUAAUUCAGAAAACAAAAAUAAGUGAUGAUCAGGCUGGAUUAAGUUUAAAAGAAGCUAAAUGGUUAUCUUUUCAAUUAUUAAAUGGUUUAGCAUAUCUACAUAAUAAUAAGAUGUGCCAUAGAGACUUAAAACCUGAAAAUGUAAUGCUACAAAAAACGCAAAAUGAUAAGUAUUUGUUAAAAAUUGGAGAUUUAGGAUUGUGUAGAGAAUUAAAAAAUGAUGGAGAUAUGACUCCAACAGUUUGUACUAUUUACUAUAGGCCAUUAGAAGUACUUUUAUCAAAAUUUGAACUAACUAAAAACAAAAAAAAAAAAAAGAAGGAUAAAGAUGAUGAAUAUAAUAAAGAUUUUCAAUAUGGAUUAAACGUAGAUAUUUGGUCUGCUGCUUGUAUUAUUUGUGAAUUAAUUAUAGGAAAACCACUAUUUAGAGGUGUAACAGAAUUCGAUCUUAUAAUUAGAAUAGUUAAUUCUUUAGGAAAACCUAAUAAUGACGAACUAGAAUUUUUUAGCGAUUCCCGUUUUUAUCCUUUAAAAGAAGAUUUCUUUAAUGUAAAUAUUAAGGACAAAAAGGAUGCUUUAAAUGUAAUAACAAAUGGAAAAAUUGAUGAAUUGGGUAUAGACUUAUUAGUAAAAAUGUUAAAAUAUAAUCCAAAUGAUAGAAUAACUGCUGCUGAUGCUUUAUCUCACCCAUGGUUUUCAGAUAUUCGAUUUGACAAUUUAGAUGGGAUUGGAGUAUAUAAUUGGUAUGUGCAUUGCCUAAAAUAUUAUAUUGGCAUAAAAACCUUUCGUGAAAUUGAACAGCAAAAAAAGAAUCUUCUUACUACUACAAUGAUUUCUCAUUUCUUAUGUAAAUCAAAUGAUAAAUAUGCAAAAAUUAUUUUCAAAUUAAUAAAUGAUACUUUUAAAAAUUUAGGGGGAUAUAAAAAAAGUGGGAGAAGAUCUUUUGCUAUUUUUUCAGAUAAGUAUGCAAAUGAUGAAAAAAAUUCUAACGGAUUCAUAAAAAGGGCAAGCAUAAAAGUUUUAAAUGAUAUGAAAGAAAAAAAUGUUAAAGAAACAAAAGAGGAACUAUCCUUUUAUGAUGAUAGCACUAAUCAUACGACUCCUCCUUCAGCCAAAAAAAGGAAGUUAAAUAGAUCAAGUUAUCAUGUUAUUAAUGCUGAUGACUCGUAUGAGUUUAUUAAAACCAUGCGUAUGAAAAGAAAUUUAUCUAUACCAGAUUUUUCUACUCCCGAUAAAAAAAAAUAUAAACAAAAAGAAUUAAAAUCAGCUACAACCACUAAUAAAAAUAGUAUUUGCAAUAAGUCUCUUUUGCAUAACUUCAAAGAAAUGUCAAACAAAAACUAG